UUUGAGCGGAAGUUAAUCGUGACAACCUUGGGUAACUCUUGCAAGCAUGGCGAAUAAAGAGCCUAACAGGUUGCUCCAGAACCUAAAGGAUCUCGCCGGACGCAUGUCCUCUGGCUCAAAGGGUGCUGGACUUGGUCUGAAGUUGUUAAUUGGAGCAGGUGCACUUGCUUAUGGAGUCAAAGAGGCCACAUAUACAGUGGAGGGCGGUCAGCGUGCUAUUAUCUUUAAUAGAAUUGGAGGGAUGCAGAUGGAUACAGUCCUCUCUGAGGGUCUCCACUUCAGGAUCCCAUGGUUUCAAUAUCCAAUCAUAUAUGAUAUCAGAGCGAAACCAAGAAAAAUAUCCUCUUUAACGGGAAGCAAAGACCUGCAGAUGGUGAACAUCGCAUUGCGUGUGCUGUCCCGACCUGUGGCUUCCAACCUUCCUGUCUUGUACCAGCAUCUGGGGAAGGACUACGAUGAGCGCGUGCUGCCGUCCAUUGUAAAUGAAGUUCUGAAGAGUGUGGUCGCCAAAUUUAACGCAUCCCAACUAAUUACACAAAGAGCCCAGGUCUCUCUGCUCAUCCGACGGGAGCUCUUUGAACGUGCUAAGGACUUUAACAUUAUUCUCGAUGACGUGGCUAUCACAGAGUUGAGCUUCAGCAAGGAGUACACAGCAGCUGUGGAGGCCAAACAAGUUGCCCAGCAGGAGGCGCAAAGAGCUCAGUUCUUUGUGGAGAAAGCGAAACAAGAACAGAGGCAGAAAAUCAUCCAAGCUGAAGGAGAGGCCCAGGCAGCCAAAAUGUUGGGGAAAGCCGUCACAAAGAACCCUGGUUACCUUAAACUCAGAAGAAUCAGAGCAGCGCAGAACAUCGCCAAAACGGUGGCGGCUUCACAGAACAGGGUUUACCUGAGUGCAGAUAGUUUGGUUCUGAAUCUACAGGACGACUCUUUUAACAAUUUGUCUCUCGGGAAGAAGUAACCCAUUCAGAAGCAACUCUCAUUCCAGUUGUCAGAGGCUAUAUUACAAGUAACCGUAUGUGUGUCCUUUGAGAUGGCAUUUUCUGAUUUUCUCACAAAUGAAUAUGUCAGUCGGGGGAAGACUCAUUCAGUAUCUAAGGGUGUUGUCCUGGGUAGUCAAUUAAAUUUUACAUGACAAAUUUAAAAAAAGACAAUGAAUGAAGGCAACAGUGUACUGUACCAGAUCAUUUAAUUACUUUAGAUGGUGAUUGUUGUAACAGGAAACGUGUCUUUAAAUGAUACAUUAGAUGAGCUCAAGGUUGGUUGAGAAAAAAUAAAUACAUCCAUUUUCUUAAGAAUUAAAAAUAACACAAAUAAUUGUAUACAAUAUGUGACUCAAAAUGACAGCCAAUAAAAACUUUUAUAUUUCC